AAAAUUAAAUUGUAUUUAAAAAAAGUUUGGUUAAAAUGGUUCAAACUUUGGACAUGUUAAAACUUUAAAUAAAUAAAGACCUUAUUGUACACUUUUAUGCGGAAUAACCUUAUAAGGUAAACUUUCAACACAGCCUUCAAAGGAUUAACAAACGUACAGGUUUAAAGGGACAGUUUUAUUUCAAGCGGAAACUUGAAACCAUUUUUUUUUCCUUUGAAGGGAGAUUAGUUUAACUUAUGUCAAAAGGGUGCGAAAAAUACUUAAAAAAGGCAUAAGUAAUAUUUACUUUGACACCGGAGAGGUGCUAAAAACAAACAUAAAUUAUGUCAGAGGAGGAAGGCAUUGAAAGCGAGGCGAAAUAUCAUGGAAAGUUUCGCCGUCAUUCGACGGCAGUGUUUUCCGGGAAGAUGAACGGGUUAAACGGAGUUCACCGGCGACCUGUGGAACUGUACCUUAUUCGGAUAAACCCAGCUUGUCGGAUAAUUUGGUUUUACGCAUUACAGCAUAACAUCCCACAUAUAUUAAUAGACGUGGAUUUCUCGAAAGGAGAAGCUAACCUGCCUGAGUCUAUACGCAAACACCCACACAGAGAAGUGCCUAUUCUAAUAGACGGCGACUUUCUUAUUUUUGAAGCACCCGCCAUUCUAACAUACCUUGCAACAAAUUACACAGACUUUGCUGGCUAUGGAAUAACGUUACAAAACAGGCUUCUUACCGAGUCUCUCAUUAGCUGGGCAAACUCAGAACUUCACAGAGCUGUUGGCCACACCUAUAUUUACCCACAAUUCCUUGAGCAAUACGCACUUCCGUCGGAAUCGGCCAAUGAAGUACUAGUGGAAUUCGGACUAAAAUUACUCAGUCGUCAACUUGAAAUACUUGAGAAAAAAUAUCUUGAAAAAUCACAAUUUUUAACAGGCAACAGAAUUACUGUUGCAGACUCUUUUGUUGCAACGAUUUUAUUACAAGCCGAAUGGUCAGGCACGAAAUUCAAGAUGUGGCCGCACGUGGAAAAAUGGUUGUCACGUGUUAAGAACCAAGUGCAUUGGGACACAGUUCAUAUGUCACAUUCGAUGUAUUUGAGAGAACUAGAAAGAUGUGCACUCUUUGAAUGAAGCGAAAAGGAACAAACUUCCCGUCCUUUGUGGAUUUUAUGUGAAAAAACCAGGAGCACCGUAUUAUACAUUUUAACUAGGAAGAACGGUUACCGUUACAAUCAUAC